AUGGAGGCACAACUUCACAGCCCGGACCUCUACACCAUUGGCUGGAUCGCGCCUCUCUCGAUCGAGCUCGCAGCGGCAAAAGCACUUCUAGAUGAACGUCACGAAGCACCCGAAGAGUUCACUCAGUCUGAAUCAGACACUAACUCGUACACUUGGGGCAAGGUUGGAGUACACAACAUUGUGAUCGCCUCACUGCCGGCCGGGGUAAUCGGGACAGUCUCCGCGGCAACGACAGCCUCAAACCUGGUUUCCUCCUUGCCUCAUAUCCGGAUCGGCCUUUUAGUAGGCAUCGGUGGUGGAAUUCCUCGUCCAGAUCGGGGUCGGGAUAUUCGGCUUGGUGAUGUUGUCAUCAGCCAGCCCGAUGGCUCCACUGGAGGUGUGAUCCAGUGUGACCUGGGCAAAGCGGGUUUAGAUGGAACUUGGGAGAGAAGAGGCUCUCUUAAUAUGCCCCCUUUGGUUCUCCUUCACGUGUUGGCGAGCCUCAAGUCUGAGCAUGAAAUUGCUCCAUCCAGAGUUCCUGAUUUCCUCGGCGCCAUGUUGGCAGCCAAUCCUUGCAUGGCAGCGCCAAACAACCAUGCACCCGGCUACAUCCAUCAAGGCAUCGGACACGACAGACUGUUUAAUUCAACAUACAGUCACGUUGGUGGCGACUCGUGCGAUCGGUGUGAUGAAUCGUGUCUGGUGGAACGGAAGGCGCGAGGGACGACUGAUCCCGCCUUCCACUACGGCAUCAUCGCUUCUGGGAACAUUCUCGUCAAGGAAGCCACGACUCGGGAUAAAGUUGCCGCGACCGCCGGGGAGGAUUGCUUGUGUUUCGAAAUGGAGGCGGCUGGUCUGAUGAAUCAUUUCCCUUGCAUCGUCAUACGCGGCAUCUCGGAUUACGCCGACUCGCACAAGAAUGAUCGAUGGCAACGAUACGCCGCUGCAACGGCAGCAGCUUACGCAAAGGAACUCGUUAGUUUCAUCCCGGUCAGGACUCUCCAGGUCACCAAGCGAGUGGCCGAUGUACUGCGGUCGAUUGGUGAAGAUCUCAACCGGAUUCAAUCCGACACAAGCCGUACCGAGCAAGCAGUGCAAAGCAUACGAACGAAUGUCCUCAAUCUUGACCAGCAAAUCGUCCUAGCCCGCCUUCCUAUUGCUGCCGGGGCCGCCUUCGACUCUCACGCAGAGGAAAACAACCCAACUUGUCUGCCAGAUACUAGAGUUGCCUUGAUUGAUGAGAUAUUGAAGUGGGCUCAAGACCCCUCCGCCAAGUCCAUCUUCUGGCUGAGCGACAUGGCUGGGACCGGAAAGUCGACAGUGUCUCGCACUAUAGCUCAGUCCCUUGCAUCAACGAACAAGCUAGGGGCUAGCUUUUUCUUCAAGAGGUCCGAAGGUGAUCGAGGAACAACGUCACGGCUUUUCACGACCAUUGCCACUCAGCUGGCUACGAGAAUCCCUGAUCUAGCCAAGCACAUCAAAGAGGCGAUUGAGGAAGAUUCCACAAUAAGUGAUAAGGGACUACAGAGACAGUUUGAUACACUUAUACUCGAGCCGCUAUCCGAAGUCUUAUCAUCAUCUGGAAGUGUCGAGACUUUCGUCUUGGUAAUCGACGCUUGGGAUGAAUGCGGGGUGGAGGACAAACAAGUCAAGCUCAUCCUUGAUCUCUUUUCCCAAGCUCAAAGCAAAGGCCUGAAGGUAUUUCUCACAAGCCGACCAGAGCUUCCAAUUCGGAUUGGAUUUCACCGAAUCGAGGGUGAAUACCAGCACGUCAUCCUCCAUGAAAUCGCCAGCAACGUAGUUGAGCGCGAUCUAACCGUCUUCUUCUCACAUGAGCUGACAGCAAUCCGGUCAAACUACAACGCUUCUGUGCCGAAGGGGGAACGUCUGGCCGCCAACUGGCCAGGCAGCUCGUCUAUCGAGCGCCUUACAUGGGGGGGUCCUGAUCGGCUGCUUCAGGAUAUCCUAUGCUACAAAAGAACAAACCAAGAAACACGGUUGAACGCGACUUACUUGCCUAUCCUGCAUAUCCUGUUUACUGGGGUAUCUGAGCGACGGAGGGUGCAGAACUUGGAACGUUUCAAAUUGAUUGUCGGCUCAAUCAUCAUUGUCGCCACUCCUCUCUCGACUAAGGCCCUAUCAAGGAUUCUCUCCCUUCCUCGAAACAUUAUCGACUGCCAGCUGAGUCUGCUACAUUCUGUCUUGAGCGUCCCUCCAUCAGCCGACGCGCCCGUCAAGCUUCUCCAUUUGUCCUUCCGCGACUUUUUGGUUGACCCUGAACAACAUGGACAAGAUGACUUCUGGAUCGAUGAGACUACAGUACAUGCCAAGAUGGUAGCUGGAUGUAUGAAUGUCAUGCGCGAGUUUCUCAAGGAAGACAUGUGUAGUCUGCGAUCGUCAAAGGGGGAGGGCUCACGCAUUGACCUUGAAGAGAUCGGCUCCUACUUGACGGAGGAUGUCCAAUAUGCUUGCCUUCAUUGGAGUUUCCACUUUCAAGGUGCUCGAGGCAAAUAUCCCGCCGGUGAAAUAUCCGCAUUCCUUGACGACCAUUUCCUGCAUUGGGCCGAGGCCAUUGCCUUGCUGGAGCGGACCAUGGAUGGCAUCUCCGCUUUGCAUCGCAUUUUAACUACACUUCAGACCCAGGAGAAUGACUCUCUGUGCAACUUCUUACGAGACGCUGUUGAAAUUCUGAAGACUAAGGCCCACAUUCUAGACAAGUCACCCCUUCAGAUAUACUCUUCUUUUAUGCUUUUCAGUCCCCAAAGCAAUAUCAUUAGGCAAAAGUUCAUUCGGGCAUUGCCGAACUGGGUAUCUCUUUGCCCACGAUAUGAAAUCGACUGGGGUCAAUUGAACCAGAUACUUGGAGGUGAGGUCCACUUAAGCUGUGUGGUCUUGUCGCAUGAUUCAACUCUCUUGGCUUCUGGCUCAGUCUAUGGAAUUAUUCAUAUCCGACGCGUUGACACCGGCGAGCUCAUCCAUACAUUCAAAGCACACGACAUGUGCGUCAGCAACAUGUCGUUCUCACAGGACUCCAAGCUUCUCGCAUCGUCUGGCUGGGAUUCCGGCGAAUCUAAGGGUUGGAAUGGCCCUGAAAUCCGCGUUUGGAGCACUACAACCGGUGAAUGUACCAGGCAGAUUGAGCAUUCUUCCCCAACCGAUCUCCCAAACGAUCCCCCAUUCAGGGCUUAUAGCUGUCGUAAAAGUUGGCUGGCUUUCUCAAACGACUUCAAACUCAUUGCGGUUUAUAACUUUGAACACUGGAACAUGCCCUUCCUGUCAGUGUUUCGAUGCUGCAACAACUCGGGCGAAUGCGCUUGGGAGGUCACUCAGCGUGACUGGCAUCAGUCUGAGAACUAUCGGGCCGCGUUUUCAGCAGACGCGACAUUCUUUGCAGCGGCUUCGGGAAAAGAGAUACGAGGAUGGCGCAUCGGACACAAUGGGCCAACACAAUCUCUCACAGUACGCGGUGAUGGUUAUAAAGCGAUAGCACUAUCACACAAUGGUGCACUUCUGUUCGCAACCUCCCAUGGUGCUUUGCAAGGUUGGUACACGGACACAGGCGAGCUAAUCACCAAAAUUUCCUUGCCUGAAUUGUGUACUGAUUUCUUGACCAUCUCAGCUGACUCAACACUCUUGGCUUGCUGUGGUCAAGACGAUGUCUAUCUUUGGCACGCCACCAAAGGCGAGGGAUAUCAAGAUGUCAUGCGACAGGGGGAGCGGAUGGCUGUCUUAUCACACGACUCAUCGCUUAUCAUAUCGCGCUGCGGCGUCAGUGACCUCUCUGUAUGGCGCACGAAUGUCUUUGAGUCCGACCAGCGGCUCGACGAUGAGACCCAAUCCUUUCAAGCGAUAGAACAAUCCCCAAACUUGGAGCAAAUUGCAUUUUGCGAUGGUUCCCAAGUUCAACUCUUCCGAUGCGGCACGGGCGAGUUCAUCCGAGAUCUCCAAUGUGACGGGUAUAGUUUAGACGACAUUGCCUUCUCUCGAGACUCCUCUCUACUUGCGGCAAGAUCGACGUUAUUGAAAUGUGUUUUUAUAUGGUCAACCGCCACGGGCCGCCGGAAGAAACCGCUCAGGAACUUCGGUCGAUUAUCUGGCCCGGCGAGUUUCUCUCCUGACUCAAAUCUCAUCGCCCUUGUUGUCGAUCCCGGGACCGUUAGCAUCAUGCACAUUGCCCAGUGCGCACGCCUCCAUACCCUGACUGUGAGAAGGUCAUCUCGUCAGCCACCGAAACCACUUUGCGAUUGUUCGGCAAUCAUCUCCCCGGCCUCACUGUUUGUGGCGGCAGUUUUCUUUCACCGUACCAUAGAGAUAUGGUGCCUCGAGACGGGGAGUCAUAUCCAGACUCUGGAAUGCGGCUAUUCACCCAUGGGUAUGCCGAUGGCCUUUUCUCAUGACCCAACAAAAUUUUUAUAUCCCGUCGGUGAUGGGUGCCUUGGGGUCAAACAAAUCAAUGCACUUGGAGACUUUGACGGCUUGGGAGAUUCAUCGGCGAGGCUCAACGAGCCCCCCAUAAUGCUAUCUUCUGUUGGAAGAAGCUGCAUCUUUCAUUCCGGAAACAAGAUUUGGAAUCAAGACAUGAUCGUGCAGCUUCCUGACGGUAGUGUCUUUACUGACAUCAAAACGCUCCGCGUGGACUUCUGGUAUCCGGCCGAGGGCUGGAAUUUCGGCCCAAACCGAGAUUGGAUCACGUGGAACGGGCAGAAAAUGAUCUGGUUACCAUUUGAUUGCCGUCCGGUUUCAUUCCUUAUUAACGGGUCAAUCUUUGCCUAUGCCACCAAGUCUGGGCACGUGGUGGUGUUUAGAUUGAAGCCGUACGAGAAGGCGCGCUGA